GCCGGCCGGCAACUCAGUACACCGCCGCGCCGCGACUGUAACGCACGCGUGUGACUCGAGCGGCGAAAACGAUCGAACGCGUUACACCUCCUUCGACCAGUGCGAGAGGGUAACCUCUCGAAACCGACAAGAUUACUUCUCAAGUGGAAAUGCCUUCCAGCCUAUUCGGCGGGGACCUGGGCGGGGGAGGAAUAGUAGAGGACCGCGCGUACCAGCUGGCUCUGGAGCUGAGCAUGUUGAACUUCGGCGAGAGCCUGGCCGCGACCAACCCCCUGGCGAGCCCGCUGGGCUUCGCCCCGGCGCCCGACGACCGCGCCAAGAAGUCGCAGAACAUGACGGAGUGCGUGCCCGUGCCGUCGUCGGAGCACGUCGCCGAGAUCGUCGGCAGACAAGGCUGCAAGAUCAAGGCGCUGCGCGCGAAGACCAACACGUACAUCAAGACGCCGGUGCGCGGCGAGGAGCCCGUGUUCGUGGUGACGGGCCGCAAGGAGGACGUGGCGCGCGCCAAGCGCGAGAUCCUCUCCGCCGCCGAGCACUUCUCGCAGAUCCGCGCUUCGCGCAAGUGCGGCGCCGCGCCCCCGCCGCCCGCCGGCGCGCCGGGCCACGUCACGGCACAGGUGCGCGUGCCGUACCGCGUCGUCGGCCUCGUCGUCGGCCCCAAAGGCGCCACCAUCAAGCGCAUCCAGCACACCACGCACACGUACAUCGUGACGCCGUCCCGCGAGCGCGAGCCCGUGUUCGAGGUGACCGGCCUGCCCGAGAGCGUGGAGGCGGCGCGCAAGGAGAUCGAGGCGCACAUCGCGCUGCGCACCGGCGCGGCGGGCGGCGCCGGCACCGGCGACGACGACCUCGUGCGCCAGCUGUACCGCUCGGGGCAGGCGCUGCUGCAGGGGGAGGCGUUCUCGUCGGCCGGGUCGUGCUCGUCGGGCGGGUCGUCGGGCCGGCUGGGCGACCUGCUCGGCAUCUGGUCGUCGACGGAGCGCGACGAGGGGCUGGGCGAGUCGCCGUCGUUCGAGUCGCCGGGCGCGGGCGGCGUGUGGGCGUGGGGCCCGCCGCGGCCGUCGCCGGCGGCCAGCCCGGCGCGCGCGUGCGCGGUGUGCGGCGAGCGCGGCGUGGCGGCGGCGCUGGUGCCGUGCGGCCACAACCUGUUCUGCCUGGAGUGCGCGCAGCGGCUCGCGGCGGCGAGCGCGCCCUGCCCCGCCUGCGCCGCGCCCGCGCACACCGCCAUCCGCAUCCUGUCGUAAGUCGCGCGCGCGCCGCCCGACCGCCCGCGAGGGCGAGAUCUUUUUUACUUAAAUCGUUACGAAAAUAUUAAAAAAAAUCGCGUAAUCGAAAUCCUGGUGCCAAAAGUCGGCGCCUCGCCGGCACGGCCCGUCCGCCGCGCCGCACCUGACGUAAGUCGGCAGAGUUACUCACGAUAUAUUUUCUUAUUAUGAACGUUUUUUAUUAGGUCGUCGGGCGUCCGCGUCCGGCGCCGCAGAGAGAGUCGGUACGUUACGAUAGAAUUUCGAAAAAAAAUGCAUAAAAUUUAAAAAAAGUUGUAUAAUUAUUAUUAUUGACUAGCGUAAUGAGAAAACGAAAAUUUAUAAAGCUUACCUAACUUAGUAGCAUAAAGUAUUAAGAUAUCGUAAUAAUAUAAUGAUAGUAGCGAGGGACGGCGGCGCGGGCGGCGGCCCCGCGCGGCCGGCGGCGUAGCUAAUGUGUUGUUGAUAGGUAAUGCGGGGGGCCGGGGGGCAGGGGCCCGCCGCCGCCGCGCCGGCCUCAGGGCCAGACUGCGGCCCACUAGGGGCCACCAGGGCGCCGCGCCCGCGCCGCUCCCCGCAAGCCAUGCUCACUUUAUUUUGACUAUACGAUUAUUCGCUUAAAUGAUAUUAUACAUACGUACAUUAUUAUAAUGAUAAUAUUAAUAUAAUGUUUGUUUUAAGUGUGUUUUAAUGUUUAGAUUUUUAUUGUAAUGUUUUUAUGAAUGAUUUUUAUAUGUACGAUUAUUAUUAUUGAUUAUUAUUUUAUGUGUUGACGAUGUUUAUUUUGUGAUGCGGCGCGGGCGCGUGAGUCGCCGCGAGUCGCGACGUGCGAUACAACUCGCGACACGCGACAUAACUCGCGACACGCGCGACGUCGCGCCCGCGCCCGAGGCUGCCGCUCGUUUAGUGUUUAAUAUCGAUUAAUUAAAUCUAAAGUAAUAAAUGAUAAAGAAUAAUACGACUCAUUCAUUAUUAUUAUUAUUAUUAUAAACUAUCGUAGUUUGUAGACGACAUAAACUAACCAUUACCUAUUGAUACUUAUUAAGUAUUAUUAUUAUUAUAUUGAAUAAAUUUAAAGAAUGCAUAAUUAUAUUUCAUAGGAAUCAUUAUUCUGUAUAACUCUAGUUAAAUAUAACGAUAAUAAAUAUUAUUGUAUUUGUAUCGAGCGCGUUGAUGGUGUUGUUUGUGUUGAGUGGUGAGUGGUGACGUGGUGAGGUGGUGACCGCCGGCGUGUGCCGGUGAGAGUGGUAGAGACUGCCGGGGGUUGUGGGGGGGUUAGUUGAAUGGUCAGGGGGCUGGUGUUACGAGUUGAUAUUUUUUUAUUUUUUUACCGUUAUAAGUUUUGACUUACUCAUGUUAAGGAUACGCGAGGACGAAACUGCCUAUUAGAUUAUAUUUUAAAAAAUAAUGUUUACGUAAGACCAGCCUCCGUUUAGUAGAGAUCCAAUGAUUUCGAUAAUUUUAUUUUCAUAACGAAAUGAAUGAUGUAGACGCUUUAGGUUCAAAUAAUGUUGUGAAAAUUUGUGAAAUUUUGUAGACUACAUAUCUUAUUAUAAAUCUAAUAUAAACUAUAAAUUUCGA